AAUCCUCCAGCACCAAGUCGUGCAUGUGCUUCCCCAAUUCUCUACCAGGAAGUCCCUUUGUCUCUGCCUGGUGUGAGGCUAUCCUCUGAAGAUAGAUUUGAUCUGUCUUCGUUCACCACAUAACCUGCACGUCAAUCGUUUCGUGCAGCUGUUUCCCUACCGCAACCCCGCGAUCCUCUGACGCCCAAUUAAUCUCGCGCUCUCCAGUCGCUCACUAUGGCGGAGCAGACGCUCAGCAUCCCUCAAUUGAUAGCUGUCGGGCUCAUUGGAUUCUUUCUCAUUCGCUGGCUCUUCUUCUCUCCCUCCAGCAAUGCCGGCAAUCGCAAUGCUCAAGCGUCAGGAGCGAGACAGACGGCCGCUCGUCGCGUAGAUCCUCAGCAGGUCGAACAAGUGGCACAAAUGUUCCCACAAGCUUCUCGGAGGGAUAUCCAAUGGGACUUGCAACGAAACGGUGGUAGCGUAGCCGCCACCGUGGAGAGAGUGCUGAGCGGCAGAUUGGAAAUGGCCCCGCCGUCCUUCCAGCCGCUGAAUUUGACACCCAGUCCUGUUGCAAUAGCCACAACGACCUCCCGAACCUCAACACCGCAUAAAGCCAAAUAUCCGGACCUUAUCACCAGAUACAAUCUAGGCUCGCGAGUGAAAGCAACAGAGGCUGCGGCAUCAUCUACUUCACCGGCACCGGCUUCCAAGCAGGGAUGGUCGCAGAAUAAAACUGAGCGCCAGUCAUUGAUGCAACAGCGAAAAGAGGAGAUGAUUCUCGCGGCGCGCCGGAAAAUGGAGGACAAGGACAAGCAGAAGGCGCCGUAAUUUUCAGUCUUAUCUACUUCCAUCUGAAAACAGAUGUUUUCAGAACUUUGGCGUUUACUUCCUCUAUUGGAUUUUCCUCCUUCCCUCCGACUUAUUCCCUGCUCCGGCCUUUGGGAUAGAAUGGCAACUGCAUCGCACCCAGGCGCAUCUUUUUCAUUGUUCUUAGCACUAUAUGGCGAUGGCGGUUAUUGUGCUUUUCGUCCUUUUCUCGUCUGUGGUUUACAGUAUCUUUGUGCGCUUAGACUUGUACAAUCAAGGCCUCACGGUAACGCUGUGCAGAUUUACAGCACAGGUCCGGUCGAAAAUAGGCAAUUGUAAAUUCUCAAUCCAUGGUUAAAAUGCUACAAUUUCG